AUGGGUAAAAAAUACCUCCGCCAGGAGGGAGCAACCAUCACCAACAACGAACCGACCUACUACGUGGUGGCAGGAGGAACAGCCUCGUUUCCAUGGCGAUAUACAGUGGGAUCUGGGGAAACGUUUAGGAGAAUAAAUUGGAGAAAAACAAGUUCAGACCCUGAGGUGGAAAUUCUGGAAAUAGAGAGAAGUGGGAAUCCCUACAUCUACUCUGCUUAUGUUGGCCGAGCUACAACAACCUGGACAAGCACCAAUGGUGAGGCCAGUCUUCAGCUGACCGGGGUCACGUCUGCAGAUGUUGGGGUCUACACGUGUUCCGUCACUGUUGACGGUAUCAAUAGCAAUCCAGCUGAGGAAAGUACACAGCUCAUACUCGCAGUCCCUGCCAGCAUCACUACACCCCCACCCGGUACAACCCGUGUGAAACAAGGCGAGUCUGCCACAAUCAGCUGUCCUGCUGAGGGAACCCCUGACUCCUUCAGCUACACAUGGAAGGAAGGUACCAGGGUCAUUGACACCGGUACAGAGGACCAGUACAGUGAGAAUAACGGUGUUCUCACCAUCACAAAUACCCCAAGAAGCCUACACGAUACCACCUACACCUGUGAGGUGACCAACAAUGUGGGAAUGCCUGAUACAGCAUCCACAGUUCUCAGUGUGGAAUAUGCCCCUGAGGUAUCGGCUCCAUCUGAAGAAACCGUGAAUGAGGAUGAGACCCUGACUGUGGAGUGUACUGUGUCUGCCAGACCUGCUGCCAGUGUGGAGUGGAAGAAACAGGGCAGCACCACAGCUGUCUCCUCUACAGCACAGCUGUCCAUCCCUAACAUCCAGCGGACAGCAGCUGGCACGUAUAUGUGUACAGCAACAAACACAUUCCAUGAUGGCAGCGCUGGAACUGGGACAGCAAAUACUGUCGUCACUGUGCAGUACAAGCCCUCCCAGCCAACUGUUGACAUCACCCCAAACCCAGUAGUAGAGAACCAGACUGUGACCCUGACGUGCAGCUCUGACGAGUCCGUCCCACCUCCUACCUCCUACUCCUGGACACGAGAUGGUCAGUCUGUCUCCCACAGUGGAGGAACCCUGACCAUCAACAAUGUACAGCGUGGUGAGGCUGGACAGUACAGGUGCACGGCUACUAACGUGGUGGGGACGUCACAGGAGAGUGGUCCUGUGGAACUGGUGGUGAAUUACAAGCCGUCCCAGCCAACUGUUGAGAUCACCCCAAACCCAGUAGUAGAGGACCAGACUGUGACCCUGACGUGCAGCUCUGCCAGCUCCGUCCCAGCUCCUACCUCCUACUCCUGGACACGAGAUGGACAGUCUGUCUCACACAGUGGAGGAACUCUGACCAUCAACAAUGUACAGAGUGGUCAGGCUGGACAGUACAGGUGCACGGCUACUAACGUGGUGGGGACGUCACAGGAGAGUGGUGCUGUGGAACUGGUGGUGAACU